GUGUACCACAUGUGGCAAGCGACUCAACAACUGGUACAUAUGUCCCCAUAUAUUGCCCCAUCAUACAACUACCCUCUAUGUUCCAGGUGUACCACAUGUGGCAAGCGACUCAACAACUGGUACAUCCAGAACCACGGUGACCUCUACUGCAGGAAGGACUACUGGACCAGGUUCGGGGACCGCUGUAACGGCUGCUCACAGGUCACUUCCGGUCCUGUCAUGGUAGCAGGAGAACACAAGUACCACCCUGAAUGUUUCCUGUGCUGUGUAUGCCAGGGUCUGAUAGGUGACGGCGAGCCAUACGCCCUGCUGGAGAGGUCCUAUCUCUACUGUGGCCACUGCUACAAGGCCGUCCCGUCCCCUGUGGCCAAAACCCCCCGCAGGAAACCACAUUCCAUCCAGAUGGUGGAGAUCCCCCCACCCCAGACCACAAAACCCCAGCAGCAUCAUGAGCAGCAGAGACAGGAACAACAGCGCACGUUUCACCUGGCGCUGCAGACUACCCCGUUUGAGAGCGGCACGCUGGGCGUUGGACUGAGGAACAGCAUGUUUCUGGAGAAUGGACGCCUGCCCCCCUGUGUGCAGAUAUCAGAACUUGAUGCCAGCCCCCAGCUGAAUGGUCUGGCUGUUGGUGACAGGAUCCUGGAGGUGGAUGGCACAGCUGUCAGGGACAAAACACUGGAAGAGAUCAGCAGCCUGCUGACCAACCACCAGAAGCCCGUCCACGUGAUGGUGGAGAGGGACUUGUCCCCCCUGAGGUUCGCCCCAGAGGAGGAACUGCCAGGUUUCCAGCUGAACAAAUCUUUGUCCAGGACCUCGUUAGAUGACUCCAGCAGCUCGGCCGCGUCUGAUAACGAGACUGUCCUCAUCCAAGGGACGCCGGUCAUACUGCGACACAAAGGCUCUCUACGUGCUAAAGGACAUAGCCCAUCUCGCAGACGCAGCAAAUCUCCGUCCCCGUGCCCCACAGCUCGACAGAAAAGUGUGGACCUGAACCGCUCUCAUUCUUUCUCCACACGCCAACAAGAGCACCGUGUUUUCCGAGCUGUCGACCUCAUUCUGGGCGAGAUUCUCGGUCAAGGCUUUUUUGGCCAGGCUAUAAAGGCUGUCCACCGUGUCACUGGAGAAAAAAUGGUGCUCAAAGAACUUCACAACUUUGACGAGGACGCUCAGAAAAGUUUUCUUAGAGAAGUGUCAAUGUUGAGGAAUCUGUCUCAUCCUUGUGUGCUCAAGUUUAUGGGGGUGUUGUACAGAGACAAGAAGCUGAACCUGGUCACAGAAUUUAUUGAUGGCGGUACUUUGUCUGACCUUCUGUUGGACCACAGUGUAGAACUCUCCUGGAAACAGAGGGUAGCUUUUGCCAAAGAUAUUGCUGCAGGAAUGAGUUACCUGCACUCAAUGGAUAUCAUCCACCGUGAUCUCAACUCACAAAACUGUCUGGUCAGAAAGGAUCUGCACGUUGUGGUGGCAGACUUUGGGCUGGCCAAGAUCUUCCCCCGCCAUGAGAACCUGCAGCUGCACACAGAGAAGGACAGCAAGCUGGCUGGCAAGAAGAAGAGGUUCUCUCGCAGGAAGCGCCAGACCGUGGUGGGCAACCCCUACUGGAUGGCGCCAGAGAUGAUGACCAAAGGGGUGUACGAUGAGAAGGUGGACGUCUUCUCGUUUGGUAUCAUUGUCUGCGAGACAAUAGCCCGUGUGACAGCUGACCCAGACUAUCUGCCACGCUCCAUUGACUUUGGCCUCAACGUGGAAGCCUUUCACAAGAGGUUCUGUGCCAACUCUCCAGAGCCCUACUUUAUGUUGGCAGUUCUCUGCUCACAGAUAGAGCCAGACCAAAGGCCAAGUUUUGAGAAAGUCCAUGUCCUGUGUGAAGCCCUGCACCUCCAUGUGGAGCACGGGAUGGCCGCGCCCUCUGAACUCCAGGGCAGCACUGUGGAGCUGUACUACAGCCUGAAGGAGAAGAUGUACGGCAAGGACUUCAAGGACGUGGACAGCUGCACGCAGGCUGUCAAGGUGGUGGAGGUGGACACCAACAGCAACCAGGUCAAGGAGGUCAAGGUCAAGAAGAUGCUGAGCCAGCCUGGCAGUGAGUGUCUGCCCACUGUCAGAGAGGAGGGGGAGAUGGUACCUAGGGAGGGGGAUAACCCUUCACAACAGGGAGGUAAUUCAGCUGAAAAGGGAGGUAACUCAUCCCAAGAAGGAGGUAAUUCUGCAAAAAUGGGAGAUAACUUUGAGAGGUUAAAUUCAAAUGGAAGAGAUGAUUGUGGAGAUGUAUCAGAACAAUGCAGCCGUGUACCUGCUACAAAAGUUGCGGAACAAAACACCCGGGCUGUUGAUGGUAUCACAGACAAAGCCCACCUAGAGGUGGAUGAUGGUACAGGUGAAGCCAGCACCACUGCAGUGUGCACCAGUGAAGACCACGCCUACUUCUCCUGUUCCUCCAUCUCCCCGUCCUUGUCCCCCUCGUCUCCGUGCCUCUCCCCCGAGGAAUUCACCUCGUGCAAAAGUUCACCUCUCUCCUCUGGGGACAGCGUGUUGGAUUACGCUGCCCUUCACAGCAAUUCCGAAUCCAGAGGUACCUACCCGGAUUGUUCUGUGGAUGUGCCGGACAUUGGUACAAAAUCAGAACUUGUCCCGGAAACAAAUGUCUCAGAACUUGUUCUGGAAACAAAAGUUUCAGAACCUCCUCCACCUACCAGCAGAUCAGAAGUUGUUCAACAUACAGACAGUUUGAUGAAGCAGCAUGUUCCAGUGUGUCCGUCUGACCACGGCGCCUCCACCCCCAACUUGUGUUCUCCAGACCUGUCGGUCAAGCGUGACGCUCCGGCACAUCCCUGCCAGACAGGCCAACCUACCACCUCCCCCACCAGAAACCAUCAGACCAUGCAACUGGAAUAUGGGGCUGUCAUCGCAUCCCCGCCUCACUUGGUUCCUGUGCUGCAGACUCGCACGGACAGCCCCCAAUCUACAAGCACAAACAUGAACCUUCCUGAAAGCCAGGGGUCAAAUCUUGACCUUUUAACCAACCUUCUGUCAAAUCUUGACCUCUCAAUUAGCCAGGAGUCGAACUUUGACCUUUCGACCAACCAGGGGUCAAACUUGGACAUUUCACAAAGCCAGGGGUCAAACUUUGACCUAUCAACCAACCAGGGGUCAAACUUGGAUAUUUCAAAAAGCCAGGGGUCAAACUUUGACCUUUCAACCAACCAGGGGUCAAACUUGGAUAUUUCAAAAAGCAAAGGGUCAACCUUUGACCUUUCAACCAACCAAGUGUCAAACCUUGACCUUUCAACCAGCCAGGGGUCAAACUUUGACCUCUCAGCAAGCCAGGGGUCAAACUUGGACAUUUCAACCAGCCAGGGGUCAAACUUUGAGAUUCAAGCUGAAGGUGAUUCAAACCAGAACUCAACCAAUCCAACAAUCACCUUGUCCGCGUGGGACCACGACUGCCACCAAACAUCAGGUGCAGCUUGUUCUUGCCUGGGAUUUGUGCCCGCAACAAAUGUUCCAAACAAAGAUGGCCAUGGUCAGACAGAUUUGAAUUUGGUCCCUGUUGCCCAGAGCGGAGUAAACCAGACUGGACUUUGUAACGGUAAAACAGGUCCUGAUGUCCUGCUGAGUCCUGGACAGGACAAGCUGACCCCUGUGUGUAAUGGCGGUGAUUUGAGUCCUCCUGUCCUGCUGAGUCCGGGACAUGAGAGAGGACUGAGUUCCUCAAGGAGAAGACUGCGCCGUUCACUGAAAAGGUUGGAACAGCUGUAGGGUGAACGCUGGUGGGCACAUGUUUCAGGAAUUUGUUGCACAACACUGGCACAUGUAUUAGGUAUUAGAGCAACAUUAAGACUUGAAGUGUUACAUUAGAUUUUCUGGCCUUGCUCAGUGUAAUGUUAGAAAAAAUUAUUUCAAAUGACUUCUGUUUGUCAAGACAAACACAUCAACUUGAGCUUUGAUUUCAUGCCAGUUUCAACAAGUUGAUCUUUUGGUUAACAACAAUUUUGGUCAAUAAUUAAUUAUCAAUUUAUAUUUUGAUGAACCAUCAAAUUGAUCUUUUAUUCAACAUCAACAUGGUCUGUGAUUAAAACAUCAAAUUUGAUCUAAGAUUAAACAUCAAAUUGACCUUUCAUUUUAACAUCAAAAUGGUCUGUGAUUAAACAUCAAAUUUGAACAUUAAACAUCAAAAUGAUCCCUUGGGUUGGAAAUACAUCUUUGUUGCCAAAUAAUUUAUUUGAAAUGUUUUCUGUUGAUCUACUUAAAAACAUCAAAUUUGUAGAUAUUUAACGUUCCAUUUUAUUUUGUCAAAAUGCAAGCUGGCGUGUUAGAUUAGAUUGGUUUCAUAAAUCCUGGCAUGGAUGCAGCUAUUUUAUAACUGGCCUUACUAAUGCAAUGUAAAAUAAAAACUUCUGAGAGCAAAACUUGCCAGAAAAUAUUGUAUGUACAUGGUUUAUAGUGUAAAACUUUUUUUUUACUGUUGCUAGUAAAACACUUAGAAGCUCAAGAUAUUUUUUUUUAAUAUUUUGUUUUAUUUACACAAUAGUUGUUUUGUUAGCUUAUGAUGGUGUAUAAAAGAAUUAACUAAUGUUUUGUAAAUGUUGAUGUUUAUAAGAGAUAAUAGCUGUUUUUUUUUUAGCUGAUGAAGUGGGUAUGAGAGAAAUGUAUUUAAAUCUUACCAGUAUGGACCAUGUUAUUGACCAUUUAUAAAACAAAACUAAAUCUCUGUGGAGAAAUGUUUCUAUUUUAUUUGUUGCUUCAUUUUUUUUACAGAACAUAGCCAUUUGUUGUCAUGUUUGUUUUUAUCACUUAAAUAAAAAUAUUUUGAUGAAAUUUUUUAAGACCAAACUGUUGAAAUAAAUUUUCUGAUGUUUUCAUGAUGAUUGUUUAGUGUAGCCCCAUACUCAAGGGCAAAGUUGGGCAAACAGAGGUCCAUUUUUCACUUCUGCUCAUCUAGGGCAUUGUCAGAUAAAUUUUGCCAGGUUUAAAGUAAAAUUUUAAACCUUUACUAUUUGAAGUAAAUUGCUAAAAAUAAUUAAGCCAGAAUAUCAAGUCAUGUAGUUUUAAAGUGUGUCUGUCCCUCCAUAUCUUUUAUAAAGUUGUGCUCUAAUCUUAUCUGGAUUCUGAUUCAAACAAAUUCUGGGUUUUUUUUCUUCUGAAGCAGAAAAAAAUUCCUGAAGUUAGACAUUGAGUUGAGUUGGUUUUUGUUGUGUUGAUUACAGACAAAAGCUACUGCCUGAUUAAAUUAAACUGAAUUAAUGGCAGUGGUAAAGAAAUGUUUUUGAUUAUAAAUGUGUUGCUGAAUGUUAAUCUCAACUUUGUGAUAAAGUGUAGCUUUCAUUUGGCUAGAGUGACUUCCCUUCUAUUGAAAGACUGAUGCCUAGCUAUCCUAUGGGUAAAAUGAACCAUGUACAGUUUUUAUACAUCUUCUCUACUGUAAUCUCAAACUCAGAUAUUUUAUUUUAGUAUCGGAAACAUGUUCAGUAUAAAGACCAGUAGAAUAAGUAUUGUACUUUGUAAAUUAAUAAUUUUGAUUGAAAUAUAAUUUGGAUUUUGCUAAAUUGCUAAAUAAAUUUUAUACAAUAAAAUAAAUUAAAAAAUUAUUAUUUCAACUUCUAGUUCUAGAAUCCUCAUUUUGUGUUAAGGGUAUCUACUAAGAAAGUUUAAAAAAAAUUAUUUUGCAAUUAAUCUGAUGUAAAAGUUAGAUUCCAUAAUUUUGUACUUAUUAGAAAUGAAUGAAUGGAAAGGUUGGUUAAAAAUCAAUUGUUGAUUGAAAUUGUUUGAUAUAAUAUUUAUACAAAAGUAUCUAAUUUUAACAUGCGUAUUUAUUAAGGACCAAGUUUAC